AUGUCUAUUAAUAUAAAGAGGUAUAUCUACAUGAAAAACAAACCAGUUAUAAGACAUCAUUUUUUAACACGUUUAUGGCAGGCGAAAAUAUCACACUUAUUAACACAGGAAUGUGGCACAGUAGAUCCUCAUGAAAAUGUUUCAAAUUAUCAUAAUUAUUUGUCAAGAGAAAUUUCUACUAAUAGUAUAGAAAAAUAUAACUUAAAUGAAAAUUUAGGUGAUUUACAAACUGUUAGUGAAAUUUUGCCGAGUUACCCUGUUUCAAACUAUAACAGUUCACGUCCAGGAUCAUUCUUUCCUUGGCCACGGAAUAUUACAGGUGAAAGAGUAGAAAAGUAUGGUAGUCGAAGUAUAUCUUACAAUGCUCUACUUGGAAUUGAAAUAGAACAUCGUCCGCCAACAAAUACUCCAGGACCAAUUAAAAUGGCAUUUGGUAGAGCUGCACCUGGUUAUUAUGCACAAAAAUAUCCAAGUAAAGAAACAUGGUUCAAUUCCAAUGCAUUGCAUCGUCAUAUACCUAUAAUAAGAUUUAAUCCAUUUUCACGUAAUCUAGAUAAUUAUAAAAACUAUAACAAUGAAUAUAGAGAAUAUUUAUAUAGAGUAAUGAAUUGA